AUGUCUUUCGUUCCUCCUGAACUUGUCUUAUGUAUCUUAGAACAUGGGUACUACACCUCGCUACGUACCCCGAACUAUACCUUCCUCAAAGCUGCUGCACUGGUGUGCAAGACCUGGUCAGGACCUGCACAAACCCUGCUCUUUCGCUGCGCCACAAAACUUGAGCAACACAACAUCCUCAUAUUUCGUGCAGCACUACUCUCUUCGGCGGGGCGGGGGAAAGCCUUAGGUGAAUGCAUACGAAUCCUCGAAAUAUCGAUCGGAGGAGCCUCGAAUGGGGGACCCGGAUGCAGCCCAGACGACCUUGUAAUCCUUCUGCAAGCUUGCCCUCAGUUGUACGAGCUCGCGCUGAGUAUCACCGGAGUACACGAAUUUGAGGAGGAGAUACUGAAGAAGCUGGGAGAUGUAGGAAGGAAACUGAAAGCGCUCACACUGUUGCAGUGUGGACUCCAAUCGCCUAUCCUUUUUCAACUGCUCAAGAUAUGGAAUAACAUCCAAUUUCUCAAAAUUGAAAAGGAGAUCGCUGCGUGGCCAUGGCGCACUGCUGCCACGCCGGUGUUGCGGAGGAAUACUGACGCUGAAGAGUUGGCACAACGACCUGGUGCAGAGGUCUGCUUGUAUGAGCUUGCCCUGUCGAGGUUUCCAACAUUAGAUGUUUUAACCUGGUUGCUUAAAUCAUCCGCCGACUCCCUCCGCAUCCUAGAACUGCGAGAUAUACCGGGACCCACGCAUCGAACUAUUCUUUCUCUCCAUGCUCCGCGACUUCGCUCCCUCCGUCUUGCGUACUACAAUAUGUAUUCUGCUGCUCUGCUCCAACUGGUAAUUUACCACGUGCCCACACAUUUUCCACUAGCCCGCGAUCUCCCGCCCACUAUCGAACACCUUUCUUUCAGAAAUCCCAAUCACAUAUACCGCAACACGCUCCAGCCUAUCAUCAAAGCAAACGCGGAGCAGUUGGUUGGAGAUUAUGAGAUAUUGAAGGCGAAGUGCAGAGUGAAGGGUGCAGAGAUUAUCGUAUUGGAUAUGCCGUUCUGGGUGUACGAGGACCCUGUCAAGGUACACCGAUUUCCUCGGACUCGUUCUGUAUCGAACUUCGACGCGAUGUUUUAG